AGAUUAAUUCAGAUUUCGGUUGCCUGUGAAGCUAUACACUAUACAGAAUACGGAUCGUCCAAGUCCUGUAGUGGAAAUCAAUCACGUUUUUACAACAUUAAUUAAUAUUUUGAUACGUUUUUAUAGUUUGGGUGUUUUGCGAGUGCAUUAAAAUAUUCGAAACAGCAGAAGAAGAAUACAAGUUUUGAAGAAAAAUGGACAACGUUACAAAACAGUUGCUGACCGACGUAUUAAAUCUCCGCUGGAUGGAAUUCGUUCAGAAAAUUAUAAAGGAAGCUCGGAUGUUGGAAAAUUAUGAAAUGUCCUACGAAAAUAUCGAAUUAAGCGUCAACUUCAAGUUAAAUGUAGACCAUUUGAACAUAAAUGAUGUGAGUCAUUAUGCGAAGGAUAUAUUGAAAUUCAAUCAUUGCACGUCCGCGGCGGAGUUUGAUUUUUCAAUACCAGAAUUUAAUGUGGAUAUCGGUCAAACCAGAGCGGAGCUUGACAUUGGUGGUUUCAAGUUAGCACUAGAGAUAAAUGGACGGAUUUAUUUAAGGAACGUUAAAAUAUCCGGAGCGAUAGGAUUCUUUAUGCGAGAAAAGCAAAUGUACAUAACCUGUGAUGAGUUGAAAAUUAUUCCAGACGUCGUGAAGAGCGACAUGUGUGUAAUAGUCUGCGGUGUGGACGUCUCAGAGAAGAUCAACGAUUUCAUUAGAAACAAAGCAGUAAUCAACUUGAUUUCGGUAUACCUACAGAAGAUUUUACAAUACACAUUGAACGGAAUUGAAAUCACAAAGAAAUCUCGCGGUAAGAAGAGCAAAAAAUUGAACCAAAUGACUUUGUAUCUAGACUAAAAAAAAUUAUCCAAAAAAGGCAAACAUUCAAAGUACACAGUAUUGAAAUGUAUUGUAGAGUUAUAUCUACGCUUGAAAGGCAAACGUGACUAAGCGACAAUAACUGCUUUGUACAUGAAUGAUAGGCAAUAACCAUAUUCGAUGCGCAAAAAAUAUAUAUU